AGAGCUUAUAAAAGCAAAAAUGCUAGCACUUCUCUUGCCACAUUAAGCUAGCUAGCUAUCUCAUAAAGAAUAUAAUGGGGUUACACUAAUACUGUGUAUCAUCAGCUUCUCCUUCUUGUUGUUGUUCAUCUUCUUGGAGUUGCAGUGUUUGUUGUGGCCAGACCUGCAACUUUCUAUGAUGACUUUAGUGUGACUUGGGAGGAAUCUCAUAUCAGACAAAUCCAAGGAGGGACAGCCAUUCAGUUGGUCUUAGACCAGUCCUCAGGAUGUGGGUUUGCUUCCAAGCAAAAGUACUUGUUCGGGCGUGUGUGCAUGAAGAUAAAGCUAAUCCCCGGUGAUUCUGCCGGCACGGUCACUGCCUUUUAUAUGAAUUCAGACACUGAUACGAUUCGUGAUGAAUUAGACUUUGAGUUCUUGGGGAAUAGAACUGGGCAGCCAUAUACAGUACAAACUAAUGUUUAUGCUCAUGGAAAAGGUGACCGUGAGCAGAGAGUCAAUCUAUGGUUUGAUCCAGCAGCUGAUUUCCACCAGUACUGCAUCCUAUGGACUCACAAUGAAGUUAGGUUCUCUGUGGAUGAUGUACCCAUAAGGGUGUUUAAGAAUAAUGAAGCAAGAGGGCUACCAUACCCAAAGUUUCAGCCAAUGGGAGUGUAUUCAACACUAUGGGAAGCUGAUGAUUGGGCAACAAGAGGGGGGCUUGAGAAGAUAGACUGGAGCAAAGCUCCAUUCUAUGCUUAUUAUAAGGACUUUGAUAUUGAGGGUUGUACAGGUCCUGCUGCAGCAAGCUGUGCAGAAAACCCAAAUAACUGGUGGGAAGGUCCUGCAUAUAAACAGCUAGAUGCAGCGCAAGCAAGGAAGUAUAAGUGGGUGCGCAUGAAUCAUAUGAUCUAUGAUUACUGCACUGAUAAGUCUAGAUAUCCAGUUCCCCCACCAGAAUGCAUGGCAGGGAUAUGAAGUAAUUGAUUCAAAUAUAUAUAUAUAUAUAUAUAUCUGUGUGUGUGUGUUGUCUGAGCUUGUAAUGUGAUGUGUGAAUGUUAUGUUGUCUGAUCGAGUUUGUAUUUUGUAAUGUGAUGUGGGGAUUGGUUAAUUUCUUCUGCAGGUUGAAACUUUACUUGAAGAAGUUUGGUACUUGAUUAA